AUGAUUGAUCAGCGUCACGACGGUACCCCGUCACAUUUUUCCGGCAACUUCCUACUCCUACGUGUAGCGAAACCGGCAAAAUGGAAUGUAUUAGGUCGGAAUGUAUUACUCAAAAUCAUUGCUGAAUUUUCGGUGAUGCACACCCUCUUGUACAUAUUAUUAUGUUCUAAUUUGGUGCUUGCUCUUCCAUUCCUCGGUAAAAAGACAAACUAUGACGAAAUGACUGCGAGAAAGUUAUUGAAUAUGGCAGCAGGAGCUUAUGGGGAUCAGCAGCAGGCAUGCCUGAACCGAACGUUCCCUGCUCACGAUGCACAUGUGGUUGUGUCGACGACAAGAGAGGAUUGUGACGAACUCGACAACACAUGCGAAAGCUACAUCGCGGCAUCAGACGCCGCGAAGCAGCUUAUAAUCGUUUUCAGAGGAACCAAAACGAAGGGUCAAUUACUCUUGGAAGGCCUACAGUCUAUUCAACCAGGGGUGGAUUUCUUUGACAUGGGCAGUGUCAAUAGGUAUUUUAUGAAUGGCCAUCUCGUAUUGUGGCCUCAAGUCGAACAAGCUCUCCAGGACCCGAAGUAUGCGAAUUACAAAGUCCUGUUUACUGGGCAUUCCCUUGGUGGAGCAUUAGCAGCUUUGGCAGCUGCACGAACAGCCAAACAAGGAUUCCGCCGUGGUGAUCAGAUCACAAUUUACACAUUCGGCGAGCCUCGAGUGGGUGAUGCAACUUUUGCGGCAAACUUUGAUUCAAUGAUAAAGGACAGUUAUCGUGUCGUGUUUCGUCGUGACAUCGUUCCUCAUCUGCCCGCUUGCGUGAAAGACGAGAGCUGGUUUGGUGGUGGAGAGAUUAGCAGACCAUGUGAUGCUAACGCUAAGGGAAAGCCGUAUCAUCAUAGCACAGAGAUCUGGUACCCAGAUUCGAUGGAACAUGGAUCGCACUACGUUGAAUGCGUCGGUGAGCCAAAAGGUGAAGAUUUCACGUGUUCGGACAAAAUAAAAUUCCACUACGAUCAGUCGAACAGCUAUGUCUGGGACCAUAGGCAUUACUUCACAGUCAAGGUUCCCUCGUAUGGUAAAACUGGCUGCGACAUUACUCAACCAGAAGGAAAACCUGGAGUUCUCGAACAAGUUAUGUGUUUCUUCACUCGCAGUCCAGAUUGUGAAGAGCACAAGCUCUCAUUAACUAAUCACAGUGAAGUCGUACCAGCUGAAAUUCUUAACGCUCCUCCUCCUACUACCACCGAAGCAACGUCAACGACAUCAAAAUCAUCACCUGGAUUUAUUCCAUUCGUUGUCAGUGCUCUAGCAUCAAUAUUCAAAGGAAGAUAA